AUGAGUAAGUUAUUCCUCCGCCGAUGGGUCUUUAAAGCGUUCUUUGGGUAUCUCAUGGAAAGUGAAGGAAGCGGUACGUUCGUGCAUCGUGGUUUCGAAGCAGAUCCCGCGGGACGGGACGAUCACGCCGACACCGCCGAAGGACACCAUCAUCCGACCGCCCUGACGGCGCCCCACACAACGGCAGAAGCCCCGAGCAACCUGCCGACGUCUUCAUCUGCCCCCAUGGCUGACCCGUUUGCUCCCAUGAUUCCAGCCUCAGCAGGAAGCUUGCUAAUUGGAUAUAUCAUGCAUGUCAAGAUUCAGGAGAUCAGGGAGACCUUAUAUCUACCGAUCGACCCGUCAUUCAUGACUGAGUUCUGCAACGGGCUGGCGCAACAUAAUUUUGAAGUUUUCGUUCUCGAACCCGCUCCUGGGACCAGUUCCGAAUUUCUUCUUGAGAGGGUAUCUGACAUGCCUCGCUAUAUAUAUCCACAGCAUAUUUUUACGCACUAUCUAGACUAUCCUGCUUCGGAACUUCAUGCAGAGUUCAACGCAGAGACUGCUUUUGUAGAUGCCGGGAGGAAAGACGACGGAUCGAUGGACAAGAAGAGAUAG